AUGUCUUCUCGAGCGCUCCGUAAACUUCAGCGGGAGCAGGAGUUGCAACGACAGGUCGAAGCCGCCAAAAAGGCCUAUGAAGGAGCCGAAGAGUCAGAGGAGGAAGACGAUGUGGCAGAACCCGUCUCUGCACCGUCUCGCCCAAAGAAUGCUUUUGACAUGCUGGAUGGCGCUGAAGAGGAAGAAGAAGCAGGUGAGGAUAACGAGAUGUCGAUAGUGCAACAAGAACCCUCCGCGAAGUCCGAGACCAAGCCCUCUUCCGAUCCCUCACCACCUCCGCCUACCAAGUCAAGGAAGAAAAAGAAGAAGCCGAAGAAAAAGGGAAAGUCUAAGGCCGAGGGAGCGGAGGAGCAGAAGGAAGAAUCUGAAGACGAGGUUGAUCGGGCACUCAAGGCCUUAGCCGCACAGAAUGGCCGGAGACAGGCUGCGCUAUCAGACGCCCCAAACACACCUAGCUGGGAAUCAAGAGCCACAAAACUACUUGCAGUCGACGCCCACAAUCUUAACCCGGUCAAUGAAAUGAAGAGUCUAUUUGGCAGUAUCGCCUUGGAGGGUCAGGAGUCCCGCUCAUCGCCCCGUAAUCAGCGUCGUCGCGAACAGAAUCAACAGCAAGGUGGUGUCGAUCUAGCCACUGCGCUGACUGGGAGAUAUUCCACGGCGAGUAGAGGCAAAGAAUUGGGGGCUCUGGCGCAUAGACGAAAUGUGUUCGCCCAGGGGAAAGAGGAAUGGCCCCUGGCGAAUAGUGGUGGGUUGAGCAUGGAAUUUGUGAAAUCCGAGUUUGAAUCAAUGGACACCACCGAAAAGCGAUAUAACAUCGUACACAACAAUGUUUACCGCGAAACACAAGGACACUUCCGUAUGGCAGUCGAGAUGAUGGAUCCCCAACGAAUGAUCGGCCUCUUGUCAAUGUAUCCUUACCACAUCGCUACGCUGCUACAAGUCUCGGAAAUCGCCAAACACCAGGGCGACCACGCUGUGGCUGGGGAUCUGGUCGAGCGAGCAUUAUUCUCCUUCGGCAAGUCAGUACACAGUACAUUUCCGGCCGCGUUGCGAAGUGGUACUGCUCGUGUAUCGUUCGAUAAGCCGGCCAACCGGGAACUGUACCUCGCAAUCUGGCGGCACAUCAAGAACCUCGAAAUGAGGGGCACGUGGCGCACUGCAUACGAAUGGGCAAAAAUCCUCCUCCAGCUCAACCCGCUGACGGAUCCCUAUGGUGUUACUCUAAUGAUCGAUCAACUCGCCCUCAGAGGCCGUCAGCAUACUCAACUCAUUGCGCUGUGCUCAGAUGACGCAUACGGCCAGGCUUGGGAUUUCUUGCCCAACAUCCAGAUCUCGUUGGCUCUGGCGUAUCUGCGGUCUGGCCAACCCCGGGACGCUCGCAAUUGCCUGGCCAUAGCAAUGCACAAGUACCCAUACAUUCUCUCCGCGCUAGCGUCGGCACUCGACAUCUCACCUUUGCCGAAGACUCUAUGGGCGAAACUUCCCACCACUGAAGCAGAGAAACUCUACACUCAACUCUACGUCAACCGCGCAAAAGACCUGUGGAAUACCCCUGAAACAAUCAGCCUCCUAGGUGAGGUCGCAGAGACUCUACCUCAUUACGGUGACGCCAUCUCCGCAGCUCCAGAAGCUCCCAAGCUGGAGAUCUCGCUCGAGGAAGCCCGGCAUAUCAUGCUACUCGAGAUUCCGGAGUUAAUCGCUCUUCUCCCACGCAAAUUCACCACCAUGCCUACCUCUUCCUCCGAUGUGCUCCCUCCGCCAGACUCACAAUCUGACUUCGUAGCUCGAGCGCCUGGUUCUGGUCCGCGGGGAGUGGACGCAACAAUGCAAACCAUCUUCAACGCCGCAGGUGCCACAGCCGGCACGGCAGGAAGUCUGCUCACCCGCAUCAUGAACUGGUUCAACACCCCUGCCACCGCGACUGACGCGCUCGGCGAGUCCGAAGGACAAGCUGCGCUUCGGGGACUUCAAGAAGAGCUUGGUGGGGGUAUCCCUCCUGAGAUGAUUGAGGAGUUUUUGCAGAUGCAAAUCGAGGACGCAGAGGGCCAAGAUCUGGGCGAGGGUAUCACAGCUGCUGGACUGGGUCUUGCUGACGGGCGUGAUUACUACCUCCAGAUGGACAGCGAGAAUUCUACGCAGGAUGACAACGACCACAGCGACAGUAUGCCCGACUUGGAGAGUAUUUCUGAAUCGGACACGGCAGCCGCAUCUGCACCUCAGCCAUUGCACGUAGCCAUGGUUGAAGAUGCAGACGAUGACGAUGAAGAAGGCCCGCGGCCAACGCGGCGACGCCCAUUACCUGCCAGUCGCGGGAUCCUUCGACACGUCGAUUCCGACGAUGAAGAUGACAAUUCCAUCCAUUUGACGACGCCGUCCCAGAAUUUUGGACCGUCCUCGCAACGAGCUACAGCCCCUCAAGCACCAUCCACCAAUAUCCAGGUCCCCUCGGCUUCGGCGCAGGACCAAGAAUUGUCGGAUCCGCAACGUCUCCAACGCUGGCUCCUCACUGCAGGUCUGACGGGCUUACAGGACAGGCCUGCGGAUCCCGAAGCGCUGAGAAAUUACAUGGAGCGACUGACGAUGUUACCCAACAGACAGCAAGACUGGAUCGUAAGGAUGGUCAGGCAGCGUGCUGGUGAGGAUGUAGAGAGGAAAAUUAGGGACGCAAUGGCGAGUUCCGCAUAG